UACCAAACACGCCCUUCUCUCACUCUCUUGAACUGGACAAAGGACCUGGCCGACAAUUCAACGAAAGAUCGCACCUUUCUUUUCUUCUCUGAACUCUCUAUCUCUCCCGAUUCGAUUCCCAUGAUUCCCGAUCUCAUGCUCUCAUAUUCCAACUGGGUCGCUUCGUGUUCUUGAAAAAAAAAUAUGAUCUUUGAGGUUUUGGUGGCUGGUUUUCUUUCAAUUUUGACUUGGUAUCUGAGUUCCGAUUUCAGUGGGCCCCUUUUUCUAGGAUGCUGUCUUGCAUUCGCGAAUUAGACUAGAUUUUUGGAAGGGGGAAGGUAGCGGCUACAGUGCACAAAAAAUAUGCCUAACGCAGCAGCUGUUGCCGAGAAGGCUACCAGUGGCAAGCUGGAUGGUCCAGAUUGGGCAAUAAACAUCGAGCUUUGUGAUGUGAUAAAUACGGAUCCUAGGCAAGCGAAGGAUGCACUAAAGAUAAUCAAGAAAAAACUACGGAGUAAAAGCCCAAAAACUCAGCUCCUUGCACUGUUUGUGCUCGAUACGCUGAGCAAAAACUGCGGGGAGCUUAUAUUUCCGAUGAUUGUUGAGCGGGAUAUUCUAAGUGAGAUGGUCAAAACUGUAAAAAAGAAGCCCGAUUUGGAUGUGAGGGAGAAGAUACUUGUGCUGAUUGAUACUUGGCAAGAAGCUUUAGGCGAAAUAUUUCCCGAAUAUUCCGCUGCUUACAAUGAACUGAAGUCUGAUGGUGUUGAAUUUCCACCUCGAGAGGAAACUAGUUUAACAUUGUUCGAUCCACCCCAAACCCAUACCAUAGCUGAGACUACUUUCCCGUACGAGGACGCAGACAUUGAAGCAACAUUGGAAUCUGAUGCCUCUGGACUCAGCCCGGAGGAGAUUCAGACUGCUGAGGGACUCGCUGACGUUCUUAUGGAAAUGCUGACUGCCUUGGAUCCAAAUAAUUCUCAGGACGAGAUCAUUGUUGACUUGCUGGAUCAGUGCCGGUCAUACCAAAAACGUGUCACAGUUCUUGUGAACGAGACCACAGACGAGAACCUUCUAUGUAGAGGAUUAGCAUUGAAUGACAGUUUGCAGCGAGUUCUUCGUCGCCACGAUGAUAUUAUUGCUCAUGGAACUCCUCCAGUUCCAGUGGCGAAAACAGAAGCUCCAGUUGCGCCUCUUAUGAAUGUGGAUCACGAAGAUGAAGAAUCAGAAGAUGAUUUUUCUCAGCUGACGCGCAGAUCAUCGAGGGAUGCAUCGAAAGGGCUAGCACAAAAGACCGAUCUCAGUGACGACGUCUAUGAGACAGAUCGUUCGUCCAGAGCAUUAGGUUCCACAAGUAGUGCUGUUCCGCCUCACUCAAGCAGCCGAAACUCCUUCCCUCCGCCAAGUCCAACACAUUCGUCAUCAUCUUCUGAUGACGAUGUCAUCUAUCCACCACCGCCACCACCACCACUCAGCGGAGCAGAUGCAACGAGCGACUCUGCGGAUGCAUUGCCGCCGCCUGCUACCCGUCUUCCUCCUCCACCAAUCAGGUAUAACCAGAGGCAGCAGUUUUUCAAGCAAAAGCAGACGAAUGGCGGGGCAAGUAGCCAGUCUUCAGGUUCCUCCUUGGAGAGCCUGGUUGGGCCGGCCAGGAAUCUGUCGCUCAGAUCACCACCGGCUGCUGCCACCGAGCAGGAAAAAGCCGAUGACGCGCUUUUUCGAGACUUGGUUGAAUUCGCUAAAGCCAAGUCAUCUUCACCUAGACCAAAUAGGCCAUUGUGAAUUUGAAAUUUGUUUUGUUGUUUCUACGAUGUGGGAUUUGUAACAAUUACAAAAUUGAUCCAAAAUCUAUUAUCUCGAUUCUCUAUUUA